CGUCACGAUUACAAACAUGGCGGUCCGUCAACAUUCUUUACGGCGGAAAACGACAAGCAGCAAACAUUUUGUAUUUAUCUGGAGAAGAGGACAUUUUCUAAUUUAAAAUAUGGUAAAUGAAACAAAAAAUACUCUGAACGACAUUGGCUUUGCCCUGUUGCUGGAGGACAGAACUUUUGUGGACUACUUCAACGUCUUCAACAGUCUACCGAUCUUCGGACAACACGUUCUGUAUAACUACAUAGAGAAAGAGUUUGAGUUCGAGCCCCCUAUCCGGAAGCGGAAAAGAUUUACAGACAAACGAGAAGUAGUAAAAUGGCUGAUCCAGGAAAGGUACCGCCUGUUUCAGCAGACGAGCCUGUAUAUGGAAUUUCGUCUCAACACCAAACUCCGAGACAUCGACUUCAACCCAGAAACGUCAAAACUCAGAGACUCGGUCGGCGAAGAGGUUAUGGCGAGAUACAUUUUCGGAAGGAAUGUGAUUGGCAGCUGUAUGGGAAUGCAGAUAUUUCGAGAGUUUUUGCGUGACACGAUGGGGGAGAGAGUAUACAAGUGCUGGAUGGACGUUGAGAAGUGGCGACACAUGCCGGAGGAGGACGUACGCAAAGAACACCUGAAACAUUACAUAAAGCGGAACUACAUCGGGGAGGGAGGUACAGACGACCUUUUGUCUAAAGGGAAAUACAUCAUUUACCAGGGCACAAUCAACUUCACUCUGAUGCCAGACAAAGACGUGUUUGAUGAUGUCCUUCACCGUACUCUAGAUGGCAUACAGGUUUACAACGUAGACACGGAUGUGGCCUUGCAACAGCUACAGAAACUCCUACUGACGGCUCUGCGACAGUACUGGGUGCCCCGCUUCCUCGUUCACGUCAUAAAAGUAACUUCCAAAGAUAUCCUUGUGCUUCUCAAACGGGAAUCUCCAGGAGAUGUCGGGCUGUUGACGUUAUCCAAAAGACAACGUCACCGCAUGACGAUCCACCAGAUCUACUCACAAAGUACCAGCCGUGCGUCUUCCGCGGCGCCUACACCGCGUACUUGCAGCAACCCCGUGACUCCUCGACCCAAGUCAGUCGCCAUUACAGAAUCGCAAACGUCCUUACCAGUGUCAGAACCGGCGCCAGGAACGGGACGAGAAUCUCGUGUCAGGUUUCUAGAAAUCCUGGAAUCCUGUAAUGACGAGGUUAAGGAUGAGGUCGAAGCCGAAAAAGAGGAAAAUAAUGACAAACGUGAUUUGAAGGGAAAUGAAGACCCCGAUGAGAACGAAAUGGAGGAAGAGUCCGAUGAAGAGAGUUCAAUACAGCCCGAUGACUUACUGGCGCUGUGGGGAGGUAAGACAUGUGGCACCGCUGAAAAGCCCUCAUCUGAUAAACAGUCGUCUUCAAAUUCGUCCUCUCAUGAGGAUAAGUUGAGCGAGUCCUCGGAUUCGCACGGUCUCAAAGAACUGGGAAGCUGGCAGAAGUCGUCGUCGUCAGAGUCUAACUACUCGUUCACUCAAACCGACAAGGUAGUGAACGUCCCGAUAUCUAUUAGUUCUUAUCUCAACGGGCGCAGGCGUAUAGCUACCGGAAGGUCUCCAAAUAUCAACAACCGCAUGUUAUGUGCUCUUGCAUCUGACCACCUUUCUGGUGCUCCAUUUCGGGCGUUCCUGAAGAAAAAGGGCCUCGAACUUGAUAUGCGGUACCUGAGUUUCUGGUCUGAUGUGAGACAUUACCUGGAUACAGAGGAUGAAAACACCGACUGUUUCGGCACACCAUUGAAGCAGAGUCUGGCCAAGACGAUCACAGAGCGUUACCUUUCCAGUAGCUCCAGUGACACAGAGAUCUUCUCGGAGGAGCUGAAGAUGACGCUAUUUGCUAGCCUGACCCAACAACGCGAUGUCUCUCUACUCUGUUCCGCACAGGACAUUGUGUCGGGGAUGCUGAAGGAGCCGUGGGGAUUGUACAUGAAGGAAGAGCGGAAGGCUUUCCGGAAGCGAGUGUGCGGGAAGAAGAAAUACGAUCGUAAUGUCGUGGAAGUGCCAUCAGGCUAUACGGGACCUCAAUGCAAGGACGGAAGCGACCCCCUAUUCUUCUUUACGUCAUCAAAGUUAUCCCCGGAUGAUACGGGUUCCCGGCCAUGUAGUGGGGCUACGGGCGAUAGCCAGGACUCUCGGCCCUGGAGCACUACCACAAACAUGGACCACGUGUGUUUGUCGGAGGAACAGGUGUGGAAAGCUUUCGAAAUCACAGUCCUGUGUAAUGAAUACGGACGAAACGGCAUGGUUCCGCAGACGCAGCCCCGAAUACACGACCUGGUGGAUGUUCUCUACAGUGACUAUGGUAGUCUAAAUAUUCGACAGGAGGCCACAGUCAGACAAGAGGCGCUGCGAGAGUUGGUGUUUCCGCCAAAAAUCGACAUUGAGAACGUACGAGUAUCUCGUAAAGUUUUAUUGGAAGAUUCUGAGGCCAACAAGGAAAGUGAGGACCAUCCUCGAUAUAACCGGCUUGUCCUCAGAAGGAAUGGCAUCCUCAUAGAAAGACCUGUUCGGCCAAAGACAUUCAUGGAAGUUCUCAACAAUCCUGUCCAUUUCGAUUUCUUCAAACGUUACAUGGUGUCUAACAAGAUGGUAACACCUCUUGCAUUCUGGUCAGCCGUCGAGGAACUCAAGGACACACAGACUGCGCGUGGACGUCAAAACAUGGUUCUACAAAUAUUCAAACGCUUCUUCAGCAGGGGCGCUAAGCAAGGUUACAUGCUGGACUGCAGCGAUGACAUCAUCAGGCAAAUCCCCACAAUGGAGAAAGUCCCAGCUAGUGUUAUGGUGUGUGCUCAGGCCAGCGUCUUCCGGUCAAUGGAACGGAAAUGGUAUCCGCGUUACCUAGAGACAUACCCAACAGACGCUGAGUAUCGGGAGUCUAUGAACGAGAGUUAUCCUCCACGUGCCAACAUGUACCAGCUCAAAGAACUCGAAUCAAAGGUUGGAAAACCUAGACGAAUGCGAAGGAAAAAAACGAUGAACUUGUGGCAUGGUUUCUCUAACGCUAUAUUGGAUUUCCUAAGAGCUUUGAAGGAUCCGAAAGAGGUUCGGUUGUUCGAAAUCUACCUGAGUUAUGAAACUGACCGCGACCACGAGGCACCUUCCGGCACACUGGAUAAGUCCUUGAUUGGGUCCUCUACAAUUGAUGUCCAGACCAGGGUUGUGAUGCGGAACCGACUAGUCAUAAUUAACAAACUGAGCAACGAUCUAAUGUUCUGGAUAGAAGUCGAUAAGUAUCGGAAGCAGGUGGAGACAUUAAAGACACUAGAGAAUAUCUCCAAGAGUGAUUCGGACCUCCUGGUCGUAAAAGCCAGGGCUAUUAUUGAGAGCUUUCUGGCGUCGGACAUCUUACCGCGGGUACAGAUCAAUAUCCCGAACGAGCUUGGCCACAGUAUUGGAAACAGCCUAAACUCCUCCGGGCCUGUCCGAGGGUUAUUCCAUGACGCCACAAUCCUACUUUUCCCCAUUCUGUACUAUUUUUGGAAAAGAUUCCACGAGUCCUGGCUAACCAAUACUAAUCCAGAGGAUGUGUUGAGCAAGAUCGAGUCGCAGAUGAAGCCAAGGCGUUUGUCGACACCACACAAAGACAAGGAACUACCCUCCUUCUUCAAUAUUCGAUACUCUACGGUGGAUGUCACACAGCAAACUGUAUAUAUCCCCGACGACGAUCGAUUCAAGAUCUCAUUCUCCAUGGUCCACGGUAUGAAGCUCGUCUAUCCUAUCCCCCGGGGUCAUAAGACAGGCCUAGAUAAACACAGCACCUCACAGAUAUCGAAACGUGUUGUCAAGCCGAGUCACAUGAGCGUCACCAACAUGAAGAAGAGUGCAGGCGACAGUAGGACGAGAAUUCAUAAGCAGAGUCAAGCCGAUACACACACGUCCUCACCUAAAACACAGCGAACAAGUUUUAAAAUCCCGGUCAAGCUGCUCACCCCUCAACAAGAAAGAGCAAAGAAACUGAGUAUUUUAGUUGAGGAACUUAACAAACAGUCAAGCGGGAAAACAAAGAGGAUCAGUAAGCCACUCAGAUCAUUUGACGCUGUGGUCAACGCAGCUUUGUCCCUUAGAAACCAAAGCAAUAUGUUCGCAGGUAUUCAUGAAUAGUGACAUCACAGUUUAAUUCAACCAAUCAAAAUCGGUGUGAUGUUGAACUUCGAGUCUGGAAAUCGAACUCUAUCAUGAAAACAUCACCAAUCUGGAAGACAAAUAUUGUCUACUAGCUGCGUUUUAUAUGUUUACCCAGAAGUAAUUAAAUUGUUAUUUACUUCCAAAAAAUAUGCAACGUUCUUCACUUCCAAAACGAAGCCAGAUGUCUGCCAGAAUAGAUUUAGGUAUCCAUCUAAUAAAAGAUAU